GUUUCAUCUCUUGAUCCCUCGUUUGUUCCUUCUUCUUCUUCACCUGGGAGCCUUCUCUUGUUUCCUCCUUUUCGACCUCACUGCCUAUGCUCACGAAAUCGAUUCGUGGCUAACCUACUCAGUUGCGUCUGGGGAUUAAUUAAGAAGGAUGUUCGGUUCUCCCAACCCUUUUGGGCAACCGUCUAGUAGCCCGUUUGGAUCUCAACCAGUCUUUGGGCAAACUGCCAACGCAAGUAAUAAUCCUUUUGCACCUAAGCCCUUCGGCAGUACAUCACCAUUUGGCUCACAGGCAGGAAAUUCAGUGUUUGGUGGUACAGCAACAGGUGUGUUUGGGGCAGCCCAGUCUUCUUCCCCCUUUGCUUCUUCAACCACAACAUUUGGUGGUUCCUCAUCGCCGGCUUUUGGAGCUCCCACUUUUGGAUCAACAUCAACUCCUGCUUUUGGUAGUUCAUCGUCUUCAUCAUUUGGAGGUUCCUCCAUUUUUGGGCAGAAGCCCCUGUUUGGAGGCUUUGGAUCUACUCCUGCCCAAACAAAUCCAUUUGGAAGCGCAAACCAGCAAUCUCAGCCAGCAUUUGGAAGCACAAGCCAGCAAUCUCAGCCAGCAUUUGGAAGCAAUGUCUUUGGUUCAUCACCUUUUGGUGCUCCUAGUCAGCCUGCAUUUGGAGCUACUAGCUCUCCUGCCUUUGGCACGACAAGUACUCCUGCCUUUGGUGCCACAAGCAGCGCCCCAGCAUUUGGCACCACGAGUACCCCGGCAUUUGGUGCCACAAGCACGCCAGCCUUUGGCGCCACAAGCACCCCUGCAUUUGGCGCUGCCAGCACCCCAGCCUUCGGCGCUACAAGCACUCCUGCCUUUGGUUCUACAAGCACUCCUGCAUUUGGUAGUACUGGGAGUUCAUUUGGUUCAUUAAGCACCCCUGUUUUUGGAUCUGGAGGUGGAUUUGGUGCUUCUAGUACUCCUACUUUUGGAGUUUCUAGUACGCCUGCUUUUGGGGCUUCAAGUACUCCUGCUUUUGGAGCUUCUAGCAGUCCAUCCUUUAGCUUUGGGUCCACUCCUGCUUUUGGCCAGUCCACUUCUGCAUUUGGUAGCAGCACUUUUGGCACUAAUACAUCUCCUUUUGGAGCGCAGAGUUCUCCCUUUGGAGCACAGUCCACUACUACGUUUGGGACUAGUGGUUUUGGGCAGGCAGGUUUUGGUGGACAGCGUGGGGGCAGUAGAGUAACUCCAUAUGCACCAACAACUGAGCCAGAUUCUGGAAGUGGCAGUACUCAAGCAGCUGGAAAGUUGGAGUCUAUAUCAGCCAUGCCUUCUUACAAAGAUAAAAGUCACGAAGAGUUGAGAUGGGAGGAUUAUCAAUUGGGAGACAAAGGAGGACCUCUUCCUGCUGGUCAGUCUACUGGUGGUGUUGGCUUUGGUGUCUCUACUGCACAGCCUAACCUUCUAGCUUCUUCAACAUUUAGUCAAUCAAGUUCAAAUCCUUUUUCUACAGCCGCAUCUACCAAUCCAUUUGCACCUAAACCUUCUGGUUUUGGCACUUUUGGACCUUCAACGACAUUUUCAUUUAAUUCUUCAGCAUUUGCUCCAUCCUCUUCAUCAAACCCAUUUGCAUCAACGACUGCAGCAUCAACAUCAUCAUCUUUUCUAUCAUCAACCUCUCAAUUUGGAAGCUCAUCCUUAUUCGGUUCAUCUAACGCUCAACCCCUUGCCUCACAACCUGCUUUUAGUUCAACUACAUCUCCUGGAACAAAUCUUACUUUUCCUUCCAGCUUAAAUUUUAGUAACACCCAAUCAUCUUCCCUUUUCCAAUCCACAGCACCUUCAAUUGGGCAGACGGGUUCAGCCUUUGGUGCUCCCUUUUCACAACCCAGCUUGUUUAGUCAACCUUCGUCUGGGGUUGGAGGGAACCUUUUCUCAAGCUCGCCAUCACUCCUAUCAAGCAAUCCAAUGGGUUUUGGUCAAUCAUCUGCCUCUUUCUCUAUGCCUUUUCAACAGGCACAGGCACAGGGACCCACUUCCUUUUUUAGCAACCUGGGUCAGACUCAACCAAUUGGUUCAAGUAGUUUUGCUGGAACUUCAAGCAUUUUUGGGCAGAGUAUCUUUGGACAAUCGCCUAUCACUCAAAACCCCAUCGUACAACCAGCACCGGCCACAAAUCCAUUUGGGACACUCCCUGCAAUGCCACAGAUGUCAAUUAGUAGACCAGGGGCAGCACCUUCUAUUCAAUAUGGAAUUUCCAGCAUGCCGGUUGUUGAUAAAGCUGCUCCUGUGAGAAUAUCAUCCUUCUUGACACCCCGCCACCUGUCUCACCGACGAAUGAGAUUGCCUGCAAGAAAAUAUAAUCCUAAGAAUGAUGGCCACCCAAGGGUUCCAUUCUUCAGUGAAGAUGAAGAGACACCAAGCACUCCAAAGGCGGAUGCUCUUUUUAUUCCGAGAGAGAACCCUAGAGCAUUGGUUAUUCGUCCCACAGAUCAGUGGCCUUCAAGGGCCAGUUCAGAGAGAGUAUUGCCAUCGAAGGAUACCUCAGUGCGUGAAAAUGGUAAGAUUGCUGAAGGCACUUCCUCCAUGGUUGUCAACAAUUUGAAGGAUACCAAUGGAAAUGUUGUUGAGAAUGGUACUAGCAAAGACAACAUCCAUCCUAACAAAGUAAAUAAAAAACCCAAUGGGGUUCAUGAGGAUCACUCUGCCCCAAAGGAGGAUUUUUACAGGACUUUUGGAGGGCAUAGAGCUGGUGAGGCCGCCAUUGUUUAUGAACAUGGGGCAGAUAUUGAAGCAUUAAUGCCAAAGCUUCGGCAUUCAGACUAUUAUACAGAGCCAAAGAUGCAAGAAUUAGCUGCCAAAGAAAGGGCCGAACCUGGGUUUUGCCGUCAUGUUGAAGAUUUUGUGGUGGGUCGCCAUGGUUUUGGAAGCAUCAAAUUCUUUGGUGAGACCGACGUGCGAAGGCUUGAUUUGGAGUCCAUUGUCCAGUUUAACAACCGUGAGGUGAUUGUCUACUUGGACGAGAGUAAAAAGCCCCCUCGUGGGCAAGGUCUGAAUAAACCUGCUGAAGUAACAAUACUCAACAUCAAAUGCUUCGACAAGAAAACCGGGCAUCAAUAUACUGAAGGGCCUAAAGUUGAGAAGUAUAAGGAGUUGUUAAGGAAGAAGACGGAGGCUCAAGGCGCUGAGUUUGUAUCCCACGACCCAGUGAAAGGGGAAUGGAAGUUCAGGGUUGAACACUUCAGCCGGUACAACAUGGAAGACAAUGAAGAAGUUGAAGAUUGGGAAUGAGUUCAUUCUCGGGUUACUCAGUUGUUCAGGAGGGAGCUUAUGCAAUGUAAGUUGGCUGCUGUUUCCUGCUUUGUACUUUAGGGCUUUUGUGUUGAAUGUGCUUUGAAAUGGCGCUGUAAAGAAAAAUAUGUUCUAGUAAUGGAGUACUAAGUUCUUUUCAUUUUUUAGUUAUUAUAACAGUUAGGAGUCUGUAUUGGCGUUCAAAUUUGGUUUCUAAUUCAAAGGAAUUGUUUAAAUUGAUUUGUGUUACUGAUAAUGAUGUAAGCCUACAGAUGUUCUUUUCUUCAAA